AAUACAAAAAAACAAAAACAAAAACAAAAAAAUUAAACUCUCACUCUCUCUCUCUCUCUCUCUCUCUCUAUCUCUCUCUGCCUUUUUUCCAGCUUCACACCCAUUCUCUUCCUUCUCUCUCUCUCUCUCUCUCUCUCUCUCUCUCUCUCAUUUCACAACCUCAGAAAAACAAACCCUAAAACCCGUUUGAUCUUGGCCGGACCUUCAUUCUCUCCGGCCACCUACCGAAACCCGACACUGGAAGCCGAAAACGCAUCCAUUUUACGACCUGAUACCCACCCGAUCCGAUCUGGCUCCGGGACUCCCAUUUUUGCCGAGAGUCCCAAUUUGUAGCUCAGUAAGGAGCUCUGACGGGGAGAAAAAAAAGAAAAAAAGGAAAAGAAGUAGAAGAAAAACAGAGUGUGGAGGAGUGCUGAGGAGGAACAAAGAAAUCGGAAGCCGAAAUGUACAAGAACCAGCUUCAAGAGCUGGCCCAGCGGAGCUGCUUCAACCUCCCUUCCUACACCUGCAUUAGGGAAGGUCCAGACCACGCGCCGAGGUUUAAGGCCACCGUUAACUUCAACGGCGAGACCUUUGAGAGCCCCCACUACUGCUCUACUCUGCGUCAGGCCGAGCACUCUGCCGCUGAGGUCGCUCUCAACUCUCUCUCUAACCGUGGACCUUCUCACUCUCUUGCCGCUAGGAUCCUGGUCAGUUUCCUAGAUGAGACGGGGGUUUACAAGAACCUGUUGCAGGAAAUUGCUCAAAGAGUUGGAGCUCCAUUACCCCAAUACACAACAUACAGGUCGGGCCUUGGGCACCUACCUGUUUUUACAGGGACUGUAGAACUAGCUGGAAUUACUUUCACAGGAGAACCUGCCAAAAAUAAAAAACAAGCAGAGAAAAAUGCAGCAAUGGCAGCAUGGUCAUCUCUGAAACAAUUGGCAAAAGAUACUGCAAGCUCUUCUCCUGAACCGGAAAACAAUGAUGAGCUGGAACAGAUUACCAUAGCUCGGGCAUUACAGAUAUAUCGAUUGAAGGAAAAAAUAGCAAUGGCAAACCCCAACGCUCCAAUACCUUUUCCAAAGAAGUUUCCUGUUCAGAGCCCAAGACCAACUAGUCCACAACCACCUCCUGCUACCACAUCAAAAAUUCUCCCUUUAAUUUGUCAGAAGGCAGCUCCUCGAAGCAGACCCCAGUUAAAUGCAGUUAAUGACAGUCCUUUGUCAGAAGGUCAUGCAACCACCCGUCCUCUGAAGUUUCCUGCCGCAGGAGCAACUCCUUAUGUUCCCAUUCGUCAAUUAAGAACACCUUGCCAUGGAGUUGCACCUCCAGUGACAAUAAGAACUGCAGUGCCUGUAUUUUCUGCCCCACCACGCCCUUCACCUCCUGCCGUGCCCUGCCAGGUGAUGCGCCCCCCACAUGUACGAAUUGCUCCGCCUGUAACUAUCAGGCAGGCCGUUCCUGUAUUUGCUUCUCCGCCAGUUCGAAAAGAAGAUGCACCAGCCAUUAGAAAAGAAGACCCUGCUGCCAUUGUUGCACCCAAUAUGCAGAAUAAAUUACUGGCUCAAAGAGAGGAAACUGGAAGCACAUCUGUAAACAAUCCGCAAGAGGUGGAGACAGUGCAGAGCUUGGAACAACUCAAAAUCUGAUCAGGAUUGGGGGGAGAAUUAAAUCCAUGGGAGACAUUGUGAUGAUUUUGUGCUGGUCUAAGUUUGUUUUGCUAUCUCUCUCAUUUUAUUAUAUGUGUUUUUUUGUCUUUCUACUUCUUUUCCUUUGUUUUUUUUUUUCCCUUCCCAAUCCUUUCCUUUUUACCUUUACCCGUUUUGUUUUGUUAGAAGCUACAGUUGGCAGGUUAAAUUAGCAUUAGCAGUCCCAUAUCUACGCCACUUACGGCAGCUGUGUCAUGUAAUUUGCUCUUCUAUUUCCCAUAUUCAUGCUGAUCUUAAUAGGUGAUCAUAUAGCAGCAGCCCAAAAUUUUUUGAAUGCUUAA